AUGGCUAAAAAAUCCAAAUCUAAAUCGAGAAGUAAAAGUUCUAAGAGAGUUUUGAAUGCUCUAGAGAUUGCUGAAAGAGAAUUAGAAGGCUCAGCAUCUGAUGGAGAUAGUGAUACAUACAACCCACGUAGAAAUGGUACAGUUGUUAAUCUUUUAAAGAAGUCCGAAAGAAGGAACGACAGUGAUUCUGAUAUUGCUUCUGACGGAUCAUUUGAAGAUGAAGAGUUAGAUUCUGAUGAAGCCUUCGAUUCUGGUGAUGAAUUAGGUAAACUGAGCAAAGAAAAUAAUAUUGAUGUUGAUAAUUUAAGUGAGGGUGGUUAUACCUCUAUUGAAGAAGGUGAACUGAUGUCCUUAUCUCAAAUUUGGGAUAUGGAUGGUACCAAGACUAAAAAAUAUAAAGGAGGUAAAAAUUUAUCAGUGGAAGAAGACAUUGAAGAUGAAUCACUCAAAUUCCAGGAUUCGGAUGUAGAAUCUAGUGAUGAAGAAUCAUCCAGUGAGGGAAGUUCAGAGGAUGAAGGAGAUGAGUCAAGCGACGAUCCAUUCGACGAAAUUUCUGAUGAUGAUGAAGAUGUUGAACUAAGGACUAUUACCUCUAAUUUAUUGAGAGAUGCAUCUAAGAGCUCUUCAAAAAGAUUAGCAACAUAUGGUACUGGUGAAGAGAAUGAAUACAUUUUACCGUCUGUUAGAGAAAAUGAAGGUACCCAAAAAUUGAGUUUAUCUGAUAUGAUGAAUAUCGUGGAUGAUAAGCAAGUCACAGAGAAAGCUACUCUACUGAAGGGUGAGGGAGCAGCAACCGCAAUUCCUCUUCCACAAAGAAUUCAACAAAGAAAUGAACGUAAGGCAGCCUACGAAAUAUCGAAAGAUGAAGUAAGUAGAUGGUCUGACGUUGUAAAACAGAAUAGAAGAGCUGAACAUUUGUCGUUCCCAAUGAACCCAAAGGUGGAACAUCAAGAAGCUUCUGUAUUUACUACAUCUAACUCCGAAAACACUUCAACUUCUCUGCAAGAUAAAGUUAGAGAUGUUUUGGAACAAUCUAACUUAGUAGAUCCUGAAAAGGAAGCUACAUUCGAAGACCUGCAUACCGCAAAGAUGACUCCAGAAGAAAUGAAGAAAAGGACUGUGGAGAUGAGGUUAAUGAGGGAACUUAUGUUCCGUGAGGAAAGAAAGGCAAGAAGAAUAAAGAAAAUCAAGUCUAAGGCAUAUCAUAGAAUUAAAAAGAAGGAAAUACAGAAGAAUAGAGAAUUGGCUGGUAUUUCAGACGAGAGUGAUACAGAGCUAGAUAUGGCAAGGGCUAAAGAAAGAAUGACUCUAAAGCAUAAGACUAACUCCAAGUGGGCAAAAGAUAUGAUUAAACAUGGUAUGACGAAUGAUGCAGAGACAAGAGAGGAAAUGGAAGAAAUGCUAAGACAGGGUGAACGGUUAAAGGCAAAGAUUCAAGACAGAAAUUCCGAUGAUGAGGAUGAUCGUAAGGGUUUGAGUGAUAUUGAGACUGAACAGGUUGAUGAGGUGGAAGACACCAAAAUGAAAGAUAGACUUGGUAAAACAGGUGUCAUGAAUAUGGCAUUUAUGAGGAACGCUGAGGCCAGGGAAAAGGAAGCCAAUCUCCACAAUAUUGCUAAUUUAAGAGCAUUCGAGAACGGUGAUGAUCUAGUUGACUCUGAUAUUGACGACAACAGAAAUAAAACUUUGGAUGAAAACAUUCAACUCAAUAAAGGUAGAAGAGUGUACGUUCCAAGUAAUCUGCUUCAAAAGAAGGCUACCGAGGAAGCAGCUGAAGAAUUAAACGAAGAAGUUCGUAUUGAUAAUUCCAGAAACUUAUCAAACAGAUUAAGUAAAAAUGCUAAAUCAUUAAAGUCAGGAAACGAACAAGAUUCAGCAGCUGAAGAUAAUACCUUAGACAAACACCUAGAACCAGAAAAUCCAUGGAUGGUUGAUAGUGAUGAAGAAUCGAGUAAAAAUAUAAAACGUUCGACGAAAGUAUCGGUUGUUGAUAAAGAUAGCUCCAAAGAGACAAAGAGAACUCAAAAAAUUGAAAAGAAACUGGCAAAACAAAAUAGAAAAAAUAAAAAUGAUACGGCUAACGAUGAUGGAGAAUUGCUUCUUGAUUCCGAAACUUCAAAUAAAUUGAAUAUCGUUGAUCCAUAUGGUGGUUCAGAUAACGAAUUUGAAGGCGAAUUUUCUUUCAAGCAACAGGAUGUUAUUGCAGAUGCCUUUGCAGGUGAUAAUGUUGUGGCUGAAUUUGAAAAUGAGAAAAAGAGAAUUGCUGAAGAUGAUGAUGACAAAGAAGAAGAUAUUACAUUGCCUGGUUGGGGUGAUUGGGCUGGCAAUGGAACUCAGCCAAGAAAGAAAAGAUUAAUCAAAAAGGUUAAAGGUGUUGUUCAAAAAGAUAAGAGAAAAGAUAAGAGACUACAGAAUGUUAUUAUAAAUGAAAAGGUAAACAAAAAGAAUUUAAAGUACCAGUCAUCUGCAGUCCCUUUCCCAUUCGAGAACAAAGAGCAAUACGAGAGAUCUUUACGUAUGCCUUUGGGUCAACAAUGGACCUCAAGAAAAUCGCAUCAAAACUUAAUUAAACCAAGAAUAAUGACUAAACCUGGUGAAGUUAUCGAUCCUCUAAAAGCCCCAUUUAAAUAG